AUGGAGGUGAUUGGUUUUUCGGGAGAAACAGAGAUUGCGUUUUCGGAGACGGAGAUGGAAGCGGCGGAGCAGCUAGUGCAGUUGAGCGAAGAGGAUACGAUGAGCUGUAGUAGCGGUUCAGGCUGGAGCGUUUCCGGUUGCGGCGGUUCUGAAGGAGGAGGCAAUACGAAGAAAAAAGAAGAUGUUGUUAGUUCGGAGAUUCAUGACAUGGUCGGAAAAGAACGAAACGACGGCGUACGGAUGAUGGAUGAGAAUGUUAAGGACGGACGGAGUUUUAUGAGGGCGAUCAUGGAGACGAAGACGAGGAGGAUUAAGAAAAAGAAGUUUCGGUCUCUCGCGAGUAUCUACAGAGCGACCAAGGAAAUGACGAGAGAUUAG